AUGUUCUACUUUCUAGCUCUCUCAUUCGUGAUUUUGAGUGUCUUCACUAAAGAAGGUGUCAGUGGCGAGUACAAGCCAUGUUUGGACAAAGCAGGAUCCAGUUUCUGCAUAAAGCCUUACGAAGAAGGAAUGUGUCAUCACGAAGCAGUGGAAGAACUUAUGAAGGAGGUCCACCGGUUGUCGCUGAAAUCCAUGAAGUGUCCGGUCAACCUUAUUUUACUUCCCUUGGUAAAUACGGCGUUGCUUCCAAUCUCCCUAGACGUGGAGCAGAACUUCGAAUCCACGCCCUCAUUUUCUUGCCAAGCUCCAAAUCGUUUUUCAUGUUCGUUUCCCAUCUAA